AUGGCCAUGGCACAACAGAUGCAAGGCUCAUGGGUCAGAUACAGAUCCAGGCCACUGCAGAGAUAUCCUUCAGACUUGGAGCCGGUCGAUGUGGUUGAGCUGUUGGAAUCUGUCCGUACGAGAGUAGAGCCAGACAUCUCAGUCGAAGUUGUCUUCCGGUCCCUGGUAACGACACUCGCCAUCCCGCUGGAUGUGCUCGACGCCAUGGUGAGGUCAGUCGAGUUCCUCUUGCGGUGUACAGAAGUGACGGCCAUGGCCAUCAUGCUUGCCAUCACACCUUCCAUCUCCUUCGGUGAGGUCGGCGUAGACAUGCCUGACUCUGGACUGGCAAACUCUUCAGCAUACGUGUUCUCAGUUUCGGUUAGCGGCUGA